AUCGGCUUACAUGUGCUGCCCUACACACGUAAGCUACAAGAUUCUCUAAAAAUCGCGAUGAUACAUCGGAGUUUACCUGACUCGUACAUUGGAUUGGUUACCGCUCUGGAAAGUUGUCCAGACGAAGAUUUAACGAUUGAUUUUGUGAAUCGAAAGUUGUGGGAUUUGUUCCAAAGAAGAUCAGAGCGAUUUGGUGGUUGGGAAGAAAAAAUAAUGAAGGCGAAGGAUAAGAAGAGCAAAGUUUGUUUUCAUUGUCAAAAGCCGGGUCAUUUUAAGGUGAACUGUCAUUUGAUGAAGCAGCAACAACAGCAACAAAAUGAGAAAAGUGAGGAUGAUUCGAAGAACAGUAAGCACGAUUCCAAGCAAAUUGCCAAAAAAGAUCUCCCAGUGUGUUUCAAGGUCGACGAUAACCUGAAGAACGGGUCGUGGUAUAUUGACAGCGGAUGUUCAUGCCACAUGACGAGUGAAAGAACAUUUUUUGUAGUGAGUGAUACAGUAUGUGUUGUUGCGUUGGGAGAAGUUAGCGGGGAUCUCUACGCAUUGCGUAUGGCGGAGCACGCGAAGCUCGGAAGAGUGAUGCACCAUUUGAAGGACUGCCAGCACACCUGGCAUAGGCCAAUGGGACAUCAAGACCCAGCUGUACGGGAACGUGCUAAGGAACUUUCGGAAGUAUCGGUACACAGAUUAAACCACGUAUUAGAUUUGAUACACUCUGACGUGUGUGGGCCUGUAGCCAAUGUUACUUCCGGAGGUUGCCGGUAUAUUCUGACAUUAACCGAUGAUUAUAGUAGUUAUUGUGUAGUUUUCUUACUGUGAUAAAAAUCUGACGUUGCGGUUUGUAUUAAACGAUAUGUCGCCCAUGUGGAGACCAGAUUUGGUAGAGCACCCCUUAUACGGUCUGAUGGAGGCGGGGAAUAUCUCAAUUGUGAAUUGAAGGAGUUCUAUGAUUCAGAGAGUAUUGUAUCGCAGGUAACAACACCAUACUCCUCUCAGCAGAAUGGUGUGUCGGAACGCAAGAAUAGGACCUUGCAAGAGUGUAUGUUACUGGACGCUAAACUGGAGAAGAAAUAUUGGUGCGAGGCAAUUAUGACAGCAGCUUAUUUGAAAAAUCGUCUUCCAUCCUGAUCUGUAGAUGUUACCCCUUACGAGAAAUGGUUCGGGCAAAAACUCAACCUAAAACAUAUCCGCGUGUUUGGAGCAACGGCUUAUGUUCAUGUUUCCGCAAUGAAACGAGUGAAAUUCGAUGCAAAAGGUCAAAAGUUAGUGUUUGUAGGAUUCGACGAAUGACAGUAUAACAAUCAGACGUGACGUUUAGUUUAUUGAAAGAUGGAUCACCAUUGAACAACUAGAGUGAAUGAACGGCAGAAAGUUUGUAUUGGUUUGGAUUGACAAGUUUGGAUGAAUCCCAAUGAAGCUCAGAUGCCGCUUCAGGAGGAGUUUCGCGAAUCUGAGGAUGAAUUGCACAGCUGUGAAGAAGAAAACGUCGAAGAAAGUGAUGGGCUGAUUCGUGGAAGAAAUUCUGUUGGGAAAAGCGUUACGAGAGAAAAUUUACCACAACGAAUCAACGAUUUAUCGUGAAAACUGCGAGGGCUGUUGAAGCAGAACCAACGUGCCAAAACGAAGGCGUUACAGGUUCUGAGAGUGACUUGUGGACAGAGGCUAUAUAGGAGGAGGUUGAGUCGUUGAUAAAGAAAUUAGUAGAACGUGAGCCAAUCAGUUGUGAUAGGGAAUGCAGAAGUAAAGAGUACAGAAAGAAGAACGAGUUUAAAUUCAAAGUUUUUCCCGGUUGCGCAGAGAAUUGGUGAUUGCACAUUCAAAAAGAAAGUGAAGAAUAUGAACAAGUUGAAGUGAAAAUAUCGAGGAGGAGUGUUGAAGAAUAUGUUUAGCGAUAUUUUCCCGUUCUAUGGCAGCAAUGCUGUCGUUAACCGCGGGCGUUAAAACGAACAGCAGUGAAGUGAAACAUCCAUUAUGUUAUUUUCAGUCCAGUAUACGA